AUGGCGUCCACUGCAACAGAAAGUUCAUCUGAACUAAAUCAACUUUUUAGAGACAUAUCCUUAAAGCUGUCACCGGCUGAAUCAGAGGAUGUCGUGCAGUCUAUUAAAAGAAUAUAUGGAAAGGAAUUCAAAUCGCUGGGAAAUCAAGAUUUGUUUCCAUGUUUGGAUCUUUUGCAUAAGUUCAGUUAUGUUUCCAGUUCGAAUCUGAGACUGAUGAAGUUCAUCGCUGAUAAGUCAAAAAGAAAACAAGAAAUUUACGAAACAACCGAGAAGUGCAAAGAAUAUCUCUCAUCGAAAGUUAAAUCGGAGAAGGAAUUGCAAGGUAGAGGAGAUGAAAUCAAGAAAAUAACAGAAAGGUUAACAGUGAGGGGUAAGGCGACAGUUGUUAAUUUGUAUGGAUCAGCGGGAGUGGGCAAGACAACACUUGCCAAGGAAAUUUGCAAAAGAUGGGAAGAAGAAGAUGGAAAAUACUUUGUUUUUGACUUAAGAAAAGCAACAGAAAUGAAAGCAGUUUAUGUCAAUAUUAUGGGUACCCUUAAACUAAAAUUUCCUGUCGGUGUUUCGUGGAAAUUGGAUUAUGUUGUGAAGCGAAUUCAUCAGAAUAUAAAAAAAAUAAGCGCAGGUCAGCCAGUUCUUUUUCUUCUUGACAAUGUUGAGCAAUUCACAGAGGGAAAGGGAAAGGAGGGCAAGAACUUAAGAACACAAUUCAUUCUUUUUUUACAAGAGCUUUCACAAUUUGAAGAUGAGGCAAGCACUUUAAACAUGCUUCUAACCUCAAGGACUCAGUUAAAAGAUUCAGAGAAGGUCAUUGAUCAUGAGUUACAGCCGCUCAGUGAUUCCUUUUCAGAGAAAAUUUUGCUUCCCGAGGAAAACUCUGAUGUUGAAGCUCAGCAGAAAAAGAUGCUUCUGGGUGUCUGCAAAGGAGUCCCAUUGUUUUUAAAAGGAACAGCUGCAAUUUUGAAGCAGAAGAGAAAAUCACCCAGUGAUCUGAUCAAAGUGAUAGAAUUGUCUUCUCAAGAGGAAACUGGAAUUCCUAUGAAAUCAAAAUCGGAAGAGGACAGCGAAGAAAAACCUUUUGAUUUUCAAGAAGAUGGAAUUGAUGAAGGUCAAUUGUCAAUAAUGAAAGAGAUGUUUGAUACCCUCCCAUCUGAUACUUUGAGAGUGUCUGCUGUAUCCAUGUCUUUGUUUCAUGGACCCUUCUCUGCUCCCACAGCAGCAAAAAUUCUUGGUGUUAGCACAUCAGAAGCUGUAGCACAGCUUGAGGGACUUGUAACUAAUGCAGUAACCCAACAUGUAGUUGUUGAAGACACCAAGGAUUUGAUGUAUGAUAUUCAUCCACUCUUAAGAAAGUAUGCUGAGAGUAUUAAAAAUGAUGUAAAGUUCCUUGAAUCUUACACAAAAGCAGAAAGACGUUUUCAUGAGCACUUUAUGUCAAAGAUGAAGAGACUGGCAGGAUUUAUAGAGUCUAAUUAUGUCAGAGCAUUCAAUGAAUUUGCAAGAGAUCGCCCAAACUUUGAGUUUGCAAUCGAAAUCUCCUUGCUGCCAGAGUACUUCAGUGUUCCAGGUGGAUACCAUGAAAAUGCAGUGAUUGCAUCUCUUUUCAAUGCCAUGUUGUCAGGAAAGAAACAAGCUGAGCUGUUCCAUUCCUGGGCAGACGUAUGCAAGGAUGAUGGAAACUUAGGUACAGUAUGGUUCUUGUUCUUUUCUUUUCUUUUUUUUUACAUAUUACUAAUAAUACUACAUAAAUUAUUACUAAUACUAAUUGUUGUUUUCAUAUUAAGGAAAUGGGUUAUUCCAGAAAAAAUCCACACCCCCCCGACGGAUGGGGUCCUUUUUUAACCCCCCCUCUCACCUGGAUUUCCUGAAGCACAAGACCCCCCCUCUCAACUGGAUUUCCAAGGUGGAAGACCCCCCUCCGCCUGGAUUUCCGGGAAAAAUAAAAGGCUUAAAUUUAAUUUAUUUUUAAUGGAAAAUACAUGCAAACACGCCUAAAUGUUUUUGUUUUAAUUUCUAAAGCUUCAGCUUAUAUUAAACUAAGAAUUCUAUCGCGUGGAACUAAAAACGAAAGGAGCAAAAAACAAAAAUGCGAACGACACCUGAACAGUGUUUACAUAAUUUCUUAGCUUAUAAAAAUCACUCUUAAAUAACUUGGGCUCUGGGUGCAGUAGAAAUGUGUCAGGCGUUUGACGCUCUUCGUGACAACAACGUUGCGACGAGUUCCUUCAGGCCCGUUCUUUAGUAUCUUGUUCACGUUUUCUGCUAUAAAAGGACCUGUAAAGCAACUUAGAUUAUCAUUUAUGUCAGGUGAGAAAUAUAUGAACAAAACAUUUUGACUAUUUUCAGGGUCUGAAAGCGCUUAAGUGUCAUCGAACUAAACGUUUGAUUUGUAUCAACUAUCGGUCGAACUGACCCCUGCAGAAGACUUUUUUAAGGUCAACCCCCCCUCCCGCCUGGAUUUCCGGAGUCUUCGACCCCCCCUCCCACGAGAAUUUCCAGAAUCCCAUCCGUCGGGGGGGUGUGGAUUUUUUCUGGAACAACCCAAUUUAAAAAUUAGGGCCAUUUAUACGAGGAAAAAUAAGACGCGUCUUACAUGAGACAUGUCUUAAAUAAGACGCAAACUUUCCAUAUAAACGGCACAUUUCGUCUAAAAUAAGACACGACUUAGCUAAGACGCGUCUUAUUUUAGAACAGCCCUUAACACCUGUUCUUAGAUAAGACGCGUCUAAGCUAAGACGAGAAAAACUUCGUAUGAAUGACCUUCGCGUCUUACAUAAGACGCAAACGCAUGGUACGCAUGCGUUUAUUUUUUGGCGGGAAAAUUUUCACGCCUUGUUGGUUGCCAUUGCUAUGGGCAACGUUCACAUGAAAACGGGUCAAGAACAGAAGUAAGACGCGAACCAUUUAUACGAGCUGUUCUCGUCUUAGAUAAGACAUGCUCGCAUAAAUGGUACAGUUCACAUCUUAUUUAAGACGCGUCUUAUGUAAGACGCAUCUUAUUUUUCCUCGUAUAAAUGGCCCUAUUGUUUCAUUGUUUGUUUUAUUUUUAUUGGAAGGUGUCCCAAAAAGGUUUUCAUCAUUUUGCCAGCACAAAUAUUGUUUUACAUGUAGAGCUCUUCAUUUGACCCCCUAAUGAUGGUAUCAAACAGUUGCCCAAUACUAUAAAUAAAUAAGUUAAUAGUAUUUUUCAUUACAGGCUGCAAUGACAAUGUUAAACACACUUAAUUUUACCUCGUAAGUGCUUAUGUAACUGAAUACUGAUUCUACAGGGUCAAAAUUAAAUAAAAUAAGGUGACAUUUUUUUAACCUAGGUUGAUUCUCAAUUUCCUUUGUCUCCUAGCCCAAAUUCAUUGAAUAAUAAAGCCUAGGAGACAGAGGAAUUUUAGAAUCAGCAUAGGAGUACGUUAAAAAAUUUUGACCUGAAUUUAAUUUUGAUCUGUAACAUUGACAUAGAUGUAUCACACUUAACAAAAGUUUUGUUUAGCACAUUCAGAGCAACAAGAAGUUAAGGCGGUUUGACAAAAUGUGUUCUGGUAUUGAUCUACUCUGUAUCAAUUUUGAAUUCCAAAACACUGUACUGAAGGCCAUUAUUGUGACCCAUCUAAAAACUCUCGUAAGCAACCAUUAUUUAAAUAGUCAUGACUGUGACUAUUUACUUUUAGGCCAGAAAUUUGACAUAUUAACUUUUCGAAUGUCAUAAAAGCUCAGUUUUUCAUAGCACUGACCAAGCGUGCUGACAGAUUAUAGUAGUUGACCCACAAAAAAAAUGGCUGAAAUACGAUCUAAAGGUAAACAAAGUGGAUUAUUACAUUGUUGCAAAUUGUUAUGUACAACUGUUUGACCAAUUUUAGCUUCUAAGGUAAUAACUUGUAAUUAUGUUUAAUCAGUUAAUCAGUUUUCCAGUAGACGACUAGCUGCUGUAAGUGACCACUUUGUUUGCACCAAGGAUUGUCGCUUAAAAGAGAGUUGACUGUGUUGCUACUGACCGACUAAUUUUUAAUAAUUAACACUACCACCUACUACUACUACUGCAGCCACUGUUAUUGCCACUGCCACUACUUCUGCUACCACUAUCAAUACCACUAACACAACCACUGCCACCACUACCACCAAUGCCACCACCAUUACCACUACGUUUAACACUACCACUACCACUGCCAUUGCCACUACUACUGCCGCUUCCACUACCACUUCCACUGCCAUUUCCACUACCACCACCACUGCCACUACCACUUUCACUACCAUUGCAACUACCACUGCACUGCCACCACCUGUACCAGUACCAGUACCACUACAACUACCACUGUCACUGCCACUUCCACUAGCUACCACCACCACUACCAAUACCACUGCCACUACCACUUGCACUAUUGACCACCACCACUACCAGUCUACUGACUACCACCACAACUACCACUGCCACCGCCAUUACCACUACCACUGCCGCUACUACCACCUGUUCCAGUACCAGUACUAGUACCACUACCACUGCCACUUCCACUACCACCACCACUGCCACUACCACUUCCACAACCAUUACCACUACCACUUUCACUACUGCUACUGUCUCUUAACACUGCCACUGCCACUACCCGUUUGCCUUCUACUGCAAAUUGCAGCUACCACUACCUGCUACCUAUCACUGUCUCUGCCAAAAACACUACUGCUUUAUCUACUAAUACUGCUUUUACCACUUCUGCUACUACAGUAUACAUUAUACCACAGCUAAGUUGUACAUAACAACAACAACAACAAAACUUUAUCGCAAGAAUUGAACUUAAGUUAUUGCACUGAACCCCAGGUAGCAAAUGCUAAUCUAGGAAGGACAGACGAACAACUGAGGUUGAACUGUUUUAAAUAGACAUUAUUACAUAAACACAGAGUUAAGGAAAUGAUAAGGUUAGAAGUUUGAGGGAAAAAUCAGUUAUUAAUUAAUUAUUUAGCCAGUCCAACUUUUUGUAUAAUAAUUAGGUGUUUCUAUAUAGUCGUUUUCUUUUACUAAA